AUGCCACGUUCAAUCAUCACACGGCUGGCCAAGGGCGUGCUGCCACCCAACACGCAGAUCCAAGGCAGCGCAAUUACGGGCAUGAGCAAGAGCGCGACUGUGUUCAUCAGCCACCUCGCCAAUGCCGCCAAUACCCUGACGACCAACGCCGGGAAGAAGACCAUCAUGCCGGCAGACGUGUUUGCCGCACUCGAUGACAUUGAAUUUGGCUUCAUGCGCGAACAACUCGAGGCAGAGUUUGCGAAGUUUACCCACAUCCAGACGUCCAAGCGUUCUGACUACCGGAAGCGCGUAGCGGCCGCAAAGAAGGGCACCGAUGGUGGCAAGCAGGGCGACGGCGAGGACGCCGACGAUGCUGAUGUCAGUGCUAUGGGCGGUGCCGAUGGUGAUGUGUCGUUAGCCGCUGCGUCCGAGGCAGGUGAGGCGGCCGGCAAGUCCAACGCAAAGAGCCGCGAUGCACCACCACAGGCCAAAAAGGUCAAGCGGGCACCCAAGGCCGGCAAAGCCAACAGUGAGGAUGACGAGGCCGAAGUAGAUGAAGAGGACACUGAGAUGGCCGAAGGCGAGGGGGAGGAAGAGGAGGAAGAGGAGGACGAGGAUGAAGAGGACGAAGAGGAAGAAGCAGAGGGAGAGGACGACGAAGAUGACGAGGACGACGAAGAGGAAGAGGGCGAUGGCGAUGACGACAUGGACCGGGAAGAUGCACCAGACGACGACGAAGCACUGGACAGUGAGAGCAGUGAAUAA